AUGACGGAUCAAUCAAUUUUUGGUCGUUUUCAAGCGAAUGACGUUCCAUACGUAGCCUUUCGGGACGAUAAUGAAGAUCUUGAGGAUGAAUUUUCAGAUAGCAUGGUGCUGCGUCCAACAGCGAGUACUUCGUCACGGACUGCACCUUCAACUUUCCAAAAUUUUACUACAAGUAGGCAACAUUAUCAACAUUUGCCCGAGAACGAUGAAAUUGAAGAUUCUGAUCCAGAAAGCAACGAAGCGCCCGCUUCCUUGAUUAAGAAUUUUAAACUUAUUGUAGGACGCUUGGAUUUAUCAUUAGCUUUACCACCUUCUUAUUGGAAUGCGGAUAAUAAUCCUACUACCUCUCAUCAGGGUCCUAACAAUAAACCUCAGCAACGUCUGGAUGCUCACAAUAUAACUAAUAGAAUUAUGCGUCAAGAGAAUUAUCUCAUCGCUCUCUUUAAUAAGGAUAUGUUGGAUCUCACGAUACCAAUUCCUUUUUUCAGACAGAAAAACUUUCUGACAAAGACUCUUGAAUGGAAUUUACGUUAUUGUAUCAUAAAUCAUGUUUUUAAUGACCAAGGUCAAGUCAGAAGACUUUUUGUUAAAGACACUAAAGGUGUCCAAAGGGAGAGAUUGACUCGAGGUCUACGUCGUCGCUUCAUCUUCAUGGGAAUUCUUAAUUUAAUAUUCGCUCCUUUUAUAGUGGUUUAUCUGCUCAUAUAUUUCUUUUUCCGUUAUUUUGAGGAAUACCGUAAUAACCCGCAGAACAUUAGUUUGCGCCAAUGGACUCCUUUUGCACGUUGGAAAUUUCGUGAAUUUAAUGAAUUACCUCAUUUAUUUAAUCAGAGAUUGGACAAAAGUUACAAACAGGCAAACAAAUAUAUUGAUCAAUUCCCAAAAGAAAAGACCGCCUUGCUUGCAAAGUUCAUAUCUUUCAUAGCUAGUUCUCUCACUGCCGUGUUACUUAUCGCAAGUAUUAUUGAUUCUGAAGUUUUUUUGGGUUUUGAAAUUUCGCCUGGUCGUACUGUUUUUUUUUAUCUCGGCUUGUUGGUCCCAGUUGUGGCUAUUAGUCGCGGAAUGAGUGCGGAAGAUCACGUCGUAUUUGAACCAACUGUCAGAUUAAAGAAAGUUGUAGAACAUACUCAUUAUUCUCCCGAUAAUUGGAAAGGAAAAUUAGAUACUGACGAUCAUAUUAUUGAUUUUUUUAGAGAAUUCACUGUGCAUGUAGACGGUCUUGGAUAUGUUUGCAGUUUUGCCGUAUUUGAUUUUAAGAGACAUGGCAACGUGAAGUAUGGUGCUCCAGCGGAAGUCGAAAAUGAAUAUUACCUUUCGAAAGAUGGUAAAAUGGAAAAGAGCUUUUUGAAUUUUAAGGCUAAUCAUCCUGAUUGGGAACCUACCGAUCCAGCUGGAUCUCUUUACCUAAGUCGUCUAAAUUUCAGUAACCAAAUACACUCAGAACGCCAUAAUUCAAUUCGUUCUGCCCCUAUAGAUUCAAUACUAAAGAACAAUCGACGUAGUAUGAAUAAUGUUCAUUUUGCUGGUCAUAGUUCACCAGAUUCAAGUCAGGAAGGACAUUUUGCGAGCGAUUUGAGUGGUUCGUACCUCUUAACUGGAACAAAAAAUACGAAUUUAUCCGAGUCUAAUGAACCUGAUCGACCACGGCAUCAUGGUGUUGGGAUUAAAUUUGGUGAUCCAUAUAGAUUAAGUGAAAAUAUGUUAUUUUAG